AUGGAAACUGGUGGUGAUGACUUCGACAAUAUGGAAAGGUUAAAUCCCAUGAAAAAGGAAAACAAUCACAACAGAGAAGAAGAAGAUGAUGAUGAUGACAGGAAUGAAGCCGCAGCAGAACAAAGUCAUGACGAAGAAACAGAUGUAGAAAAAGUCGAUAGAACAGAUGACGUAAUAAAUUCCUCAGAACUUAAAUGUACACAUAUUUUCAAUGAUCAGUUGAAUUCAUCAGAUUCUACUCAACUGAAAACCAGAAAUAAUAAAAAGUGUAGAGCACCAUUACUACAGCAUAACAACCGAGUGAAAAAUAAACAUUUACACACACAAGUUAUUCCCAACAGAAAGUCCGAAUCACACUUAUCAUCUAGUUCAAUACCAGAAACUACAGAAAAUGAGUGUACACCAUCUUUAUUAACACAAAUUAAACAACAAUUUAGACAAUUCUGUGAAACAACUUCCUUACGAGGUGUACCGAAAAUUGUCAGUACAAAAGAUUCCAAGCGCCGAUUUUUAUGGCUUAUCUUUGUUAUUGCAUUUUUCAUUGGUUGUAUCACAUGUUUAACAUUUAUUAUUAAUCAGUAUUUAGAAUUUGAUGUUAUUCAUCAACCAAAAAAGCUUUAUGAUCAACCACGACCAUUUCCUUCUGUAACACUAUGCAAUUUACGUCCAUUCUCUACACGUGAUAUACGUAAAUUGAAAAAAGCUGGUGUUCUACCUGUGGAUAUGUACUUUGAAAUGUCAAAACGUUUUGCCGGCAGUAUACCUGCAGAGUAUCGUCGAUAUUUAACUAUGCUAUGGGAUUUUUCUACAUAUUUAGCCAACCUUCCAGAAUUAGUUGAUGCUAAAAAUUUAGGUCAUUCCCUAGACGAUAUUGUAAAACGCUGUUUUAUAUUAUAUAGAACUGGGAGUAUAACAAGAGGAACAGCCUGCGAGAGAUCAGGCUAUUGGACAAGAACACAGGAUCGUGUCUUUCAUAAUUGUUACACUUAUACAGUUAAUCCGAACAGAACUAAUACAGCUUUAAACAUGGAAUUAGUAGUUUAUUUGGACAAUUUAAUUGAACAAACCGAUUGCUUUGAUUGCCAGGAACGAGUAAUGGCUAGUCAAAUGACCGGGGCAAGACUACUUCUACAUCCAGGUGCAUCUUAUCCUCGUGUCGCUGAAGAAGGUGUCAAUUUAAUGCCUGGUACAAUGACUGAUAUAAGAUUUACAGUUUAUGAAUGGUCUAUGAUGGAACCACCUCAUGGUAGAUGCAGUAAAAAUACACCAAAUUUUAUAUCAUUCAAUAAUGUUAAUUAUACAUUCAGUGAGGAAGCGUGUCAUGUGCAUAAAUUACAACAGAAAGUUGCUUCAAACUGUCAGUGUUUAACACAACAACUACCAAUACCUACAAAUCUACUUAACAAAAACUUAAGAAAAUGUCAAGGAUUCAAGCUACCCGCAACUUAUGAAACACUGGAUAACUUUAAUGCAUCUAAACAGUUAUAUUUUAAUAUCGAAACAGUUGCUAAUUUCUCACAUUUUGCAAAAUGUGCAGAGACAGUUAGUACAGCUACAGAUGGUUAUCAAAUGGGCUGUAGACCAGCAUGUGUGAGAUACACUUAUAAACCGAGUAUAACAGCUGCUCAAUGGCCAACAAAAACUUUUUUAACUUGGUUUGUUACGAAAUUUUUAAAAGAAAUGGAAACUGAAGGCUAUUCACGUUUGAAUACAACAAAUAAUGAAACAAUCGAUGCCUUCAACAUACGUAUGGAAGAAUUGCGUAAACCUUUACAAAUUUAUGAAAAAAUUGGCAAUUUAACUAAAGAAGGCAAUUUACAAGAAGCUAUAAAAUUGCUUAUGGAAACACAAAUAUUUGAACAAAACUUUUUAUCAAUUAUAAUAUCAAGACCAAAUUUUGAUUUAGAACGUGUUGAAGAAAAAGCAGUUGUUUCAUUAACAUCUUUAUUCAGUCAAAUUGGAGGUCUUUUGAGUAUAUGGAUUGGAUUAACUUUUGUAUGUAUUGUUGAGAUUGUAGAAUUAGGCUUGAAUGUAGCAGAUGCUGUGAUUCAUCAUAAGAAGUCAAAAUCAUAA